AUGUCUUCUUCUACUCGACUUCCUUCUGAGAUAAUUUUUGAGAUACUAACUCGAACAUCAUUGAAAACACUGGACGCUUGCAAGGCCGUUAACAAAGAAUGGAACGAUUUGAUUUUCGAAUCGAGUUUCAUGCCACAAUUUUGUGCAAGGAGUCAAAAUAUCUCUGGAUAUUUUGUUCAGACUCUAUUAUUCUCAAAGUACAUAACGGAAUUUGUAUCGAUGGAUGGGUGUUCAGGUAAUAGUACUAAAGCUCCAUUCCACCUUCCUAUUGAUGAUACAGUAAAGCAUCGACGGACCUAUGACUUUGACAUGAAGAUUGAGGCCUCCACAAAGCAAGGGAUACUAUGUUGUGUUAGAAGCACGCCGUCAUACGAGUACUAUAGAUAUCACAUCUGUAAACCUAGCACUAAGCAAUGGCUGAAACUUCCUAAUCCAAGAACGCGUUUUAGUACUGUCAAAGUUGCUCUCAUUGUACUGAAAUCAAAUCCUCUCUACUUCAAGAUCAUAAGGUUGUCGUCCCCUCGGACUAAUUAUCAUCAUUAUAGGAAACGAGGGCUCCAUUACUAUCGAUGUGAAGUUUUUGAUUCAGAAAGUUGGGAGUGGAGGCAAGGAAAAGAUUUGUUGGUCCCUCAAGGAUUAUACUUUGACAUAUUUAAUCCAGCAGUUAAUGCAAGUGGUUUGGUUUAUUUCAAACUACAAGAUGAUCAAGUGAUGGCUCUAAACUAUAAUGGGGAAGAGGCUUUUCCAAGAUUCUCUCUUCCAAAGCCCCCUUUUAAGUACAGUGAUCAACUUGUGGAGUAUAAGGGGAAGCUAGGGUUUACAUGUCUGUCACCAAAAGGGAUAGAGCUGUGGGUUUUCGAGAAUGGGAAUCAAGUUUGGGAGUUAAAGAAGGAAGUGGGCAUUGAAACCUUAAAGGGGGUGACGAAAUAUCCAAAACUAAUUGGGUUUUAUAACGCAGACAUUGCUGUGAUGAAGGAUGACAAUCGAGUUAUCUUCUACAAGCUGCAAGACAAGAGCUUUAAUGUGGUGAAACUGUAUAGAUGGCAAGAUGUUCAAGAAAUCUUCCCUUUUAGAUCAGAUUUAGAGCGAAUUGAUCUGAGGAUGCGAGGAGCCAACAUUGUUUCAUCCACCAGACAAAUCUAUCAUCCCUCUUGGAUUUCCUUAGUUAUUGUUUUCAUUUUUCUUUUCGGUAUUUUGUUUUCUCAUGCAUGA